AUGUCAUAUAAAGAGAUCUCUGCCAAAAAGAGAGCCGAAAGAGAUACCCAUUUGAUCUCCGAAUGGUUGAUCCCUGAAGAUAAAUUGCCAAAAGAAAACGACGUUCUCGAAUUCCCAGUGAAAAGCGGUUACUUGUCCGCUCUGGAAAUCGAAAUCACCGAGAGCGAUGCCCCAACCAUUUUUGAAAACAUCAAAAGCCAUAAAUGGUCAUCUUACGACGUCACCAAAGCUUUCUGCCACAGAUCCCAAAUCGCCCACCAAUUGACUAACUGUCUUUCGGAAAUCUUCUACGCCGAAGGGUUGCAGCAAGCUAAAGCUCUUGAUGAGUAUUACGCUACUACUGGCAAAUUGAAAGGUCGCUUCCACGGGGUGCCAAUCUCCUUGAAAGAUAACAUCAACGUCAUUGGUCAAGCCUCGUCCAUUGGUUACGUUGAUUGGUGUUUCAAGCCAGAAGGCGGGUUCACCACCGAUUCUGCCAUUGCUGAAUUGCUUAGAAAAGAAGGGGCGGUGUUUUAUUGUAAAACCAACGUUCCAGUGGCCAUGAUGAUGCCAGAAUCCACCAACCACGUUUACGGAACCACCACCAACCCUCUUAAUCGUUUGCUCAGUGCCGGUGGUUCUUCGGGUGGGGCUGCUGCCCACGCUGCUUUGAAAGGGUCUAUCAUUGAUAUCGGUUCGGAUAUUGGUGGGUCGAUCCGUAUUCCAGCGUCUUUCAACUCGCUUUAUGCCUUGAGACCAACUUCUGGAAGAUACCCAACUUACGGCACCAGAUCGGGGUUGCCAGGGCUUGAAUCGGUCAACUCGGUUAAUGGACCAUUGUGUACCAGCUUGGCGUCGAUGGAAUGGUACUUGUCGAAUUUGGUCGAUGCUGAUCCAUCCACCGUUGAUCCAAAAGUCUGUUACAGCCCAUGGAAGAAAGUGACAUUGCCAGAAAAGUUGACGUUUGCUAUUCUUAAAGACGACGGCCACGUUAAACCAACACCGCCAAUCCAAAGAGGGAUCGACAUGGUGCAAAAGCUUGUGGAAGAAGCCGGCCAUGAAGUGAUCGAAUGGGAUCCAUCAGAACACGUCGCCCUUGCCCAAACUAUCACCAAGUUCUUCCUUGCCGAUGGUGGUAAACACGUUCUUGAAGUUACAGAAGCCACCGGAGAACCUCUUUUCCCAUCGAUGGCUAUGUACGGUUCUGCCCCAAGCAUGCUGGUUUCCGAGCUCUGGGACUUGCACGCCGAAAGAAGCGGGAAUUGCAAGAAGUUAUUGCAAAGAUGGAUGGACACCCAAUUGCGUACCAAGGACGGUAAAGUGAUCGACGCGAUCUUGUUGCCAGCCUCCCCACACCCAGGGUGUCCACACGGUAAGUUUGGUGGUUGGGUCGGGUACACUUCGGUGUUCAACGCCACAGACUACAGUGUUGGGGUGAUGCCGGUGCUGAGAUGUGAUAAGGCGGUGGAUUUGGCCGAAAAGGAUUACGUUCCUCGUAAUGCUAUCGAUAAAGAGAUCUACGAGAGUUACGAUCCAGAAGUGUCGCAUGGAGGAAGUGUGAGUAUCCAAGUUGCUUGUAGAAAGAACGAGGAUGAAAAGGUGGUGGAAUUGAUCAAGAGAUUGUCGAAGUUGGUGAAAUAUAGUGGUUAG